AUGACCGCAGCACCUACAUCUACGGAUCCAUCUACAUCUACUCCUCUAGCGAAACACAACACAGAGCACCACCGAGCACCAUCGCAGCCCACCUCACCGGCCGCCAAACGACUGAAAAGCGACAAUUCCUCCCCUGCUCCUACCAAGAUGACCGACUCAACCACCACGCCGGCAGUGGCCAAGAUAUCGACCCAGCCACCACUGCUGAUCAAGAAGCUGUCUGCGGACGCGACGACGCCGACGCGCGGGUCCGCAUUCGCCGCAGGCUACGACCUGUACGCGUCCAAGCCUACCACGAUCCCGGCGCGAGGCAAGGUGCUGGUGUCGACGGACCUGGCCAUCGCCACACCAGAGGGCACCUACGGCAGGGUGGCGCCGCGGUCGGGCCUCGCGUCCAAACAUUUCAUCGACACGGGCGCCGGGGUCAUCGACGCCGAUUACCGCGGCGAAGUCAAGGUGUUGCUGUUCAACCAUUCCGACGUGGAUUUCGCCGUCAAUAAGGGUGACAGGAUUGCUCAGCUUGUUCUGGAACGUAUUUAUACCCCCGACAUUGUCGAGGUCGAUAGUCUGGAGGAGAGUGUGCGUGGAGCCGGGGGGUUUGGAAGUACAGGAUGA